AUGGCAUUCCUUGUGACAUUCACGACUCUGCUUUGUUUCAAUCUGGUUUUAACUUUGGACUUUCCGAAAUCAGAGGAUUGCGACGUCCCGGACAAGGCUCGGCUAGAAGAGAAGCUCGACAACCUUAUCCGUAACCUCUCAAAUAAUCACCUGGUGAACGACACAAAAUUGGAAAUAUUUCAAGGCGCCAUGUUCUUGGGAGAAGGGAAUCUCCUCGGCCUCCAGUUCCUCGAGCAAGACAAACCCUACAAUACGUUUUGUCGCGACAAGGAAACGGUCACUGUGUUUAGCGUUCGUUGCAAGCAUUCAUUGCGCAUGCACAUCCCUUGGAGGCUUUGUUCGGGGCACAACGGCACCAUAAUUUCUGAGGCUGGUCUUAUCAGAUUUGAAGGAGAACUCGUGACGAGAAAGACUAACAGCGGCACAGAAUAUCGAAUCAAGAAUGUAAUUCCGGUGACACUGGAAGGUUUGUACUUCAGAAUGAACGGCGCCGGAAAAAUCGUUUCAACAAUUAUGGGUGCGCUGAGAUUUAUCCUGUCGGGGCUCGUCAGAUUGCUUUGGGCCUCUGCGAUAACGCCUUUUGUCGAAGACGCGUUUCAGCAAACUUUGACGGAAUUGAGUUAA